CUGGUAUUCUCAGCCUUAAAAGCACUACAGAUAAUACAAACUGUUUUACCAAACCUCAAAAAACAAUACGAGCAACCAGUUCUGGCAGCAUUAAAGAAUUGCAUGUUUUGUGGCUUACCAGGCUAUCAUCCUAAGUUUAUUGAAAGAAAUAAUUCAGACCAUCUUGCUGGCGCUUAUGGUAUACACUCUGAUGAUUUGUCAUCCAUCAAUCUAGAUACAGCCCCUACCAAGUCUCGUGCAUAUCAAAAUGCUAUAGCUUUGAACAACAAGAAAAAGAAAAAACRAAACACAAAAAGCAAAACUUACUCCCAGCAAAGCUCCAGUUAUGGUCCACCUAAAUAUGGUCCCAAAAUAAGAAGGGACUAUUCAUCUGUAGAUGCCUUGAUGCCUGCAUUUGCCAGGACUAACAUAUCAGUACCCAAAAUAGCCCCUUCGCUAGGAGUUUCCUCUCCUUUAAAAAAGGAUGAUUGUAAUGAAAAGUCUUCAGUCACUACUGACACAGCAAGUAAGACUAUAAAUGAGACAGAGGAAUCAGGGAAUGUUAGUGACACAAGUGGAUCUGAAGCAGUAGUUUCUGCUACUAGCUCUGAUUCAGAUUAUUCUGAUAGUGAAGCUGGCCAGAUAGCAAGACUUAGAUCAGUAACAUUAAAAGUACGACAGAAUGCUCUUACAUGCUUGCAGUCUGCUGUUAAGGGGCUGGAGAAGAAAACUUUAUUUGGUUACUGGUCUUCUUUCAUUCCUGACUCAACAUCAGGGUCAUCUUGGUCAUUGUUUACAACAAUAUUAAGGGAUCCUUCUCCUAAGGCCAGAGCAGGAGGUGUUGCUGUCUUGUCAGAACUGUUAGAUCAUUCAAGGCAAUUUCUGGCUGCUGCUGAAGACCGUGAUGAAAAGAGUGCCGUCUUGUCAUCUCGGCCUUUUACUUCAUUCUCUGGUCGUUUGGGAGCCACAGUGCAUGAGAUCCACAGACAUUUAUUACAAGCCCUGUUAGCUGAGACCUCAAUAUCUACCAAGCUUCACAUGAUGAAAUGUCUGUCUGUMCUUAUUCUYAACUCACCCUACAACAGACURAAAGAAGGUCUAAUGACACGAAUAGUGCAGCAAGUCAGACCUUUACUUCUAUCAAAAGAUAUAAACAUCAGAGUUACUGCACUAACAUGCCUGGGAAUGGUAAUAUCAGUUCACGCCCCUCUAAAUGAGGUCAUCAUAAUAAUGACAAAACCACAGCAUGUUGAUGAGGAAAAGCAGCCAACACUAGUUAACAGMCAUCAUACUACUGAUGAUAAUSAAUCWUAUCCAUGGCUCAUUGAGACAUGUAUUGAAAUGGCUKCUAGGAAAACAGACAAAGAAGUCCAGCCUCUUGUUGUACGCAUAGAAGCCAUUCAAGUGCUUAUCGCAUUUGUCAGGAACUAUUUUGACAUUUUGAGUCCAUGUAUAAAUUGUAUAACCAUGUUAUCAUGUGCAUGUACAGAAGAUGAACAGGGACUUGCUGUGUUUGCCAUUAAGCUUCUCCAAGAACUUGGUAGAAUAAUGUAUACAUGUUUACCUGAGCAAACAGACACCAAAGAGGCAACAGUAGAAAUAUCAAAAGAGAAGUUAUUGGAUUUCUGGAUGGGUCUUUUAAAUGGUCCAUUGAUAAACAUUCUUCAAGGCAGUAAUAUYAAACUUAUUACAUGUGUAAUUGACUGUUUGACUAACAUUGGGGCACAGAUCUUUGAAAUACUACCAGAAGACAAAAAGAUAUUUUUUAUCACAAUGCUGCUUGGUUUUASCAAUGAUGAAGACAAGAACCUUAAGGCAUCAGCUGUACGUGCUGUAGGAGUGUUAGUUCUUUACCCAUGUCUGCGUGAGGAUGUCCUUUAUGUUGCUGAUACUGCUAAUGCUGUUUUAAUGUGCAUGGAGGAUCCAACAUUGGCAGUAAGAAUGAGAGCUGCUUGGUCACUGGGUAACCUGAGUAAUACACUUGUAGCUAAUAAAUCAUCCAAAGCUACUGCAUUUAUGAAUGAUUUCUCUGAUAUGCUGCUGUUGAAACUGCUUGAAYUAUCAAUCGCUGCAAGUGAAGACCAUGAAAAGGUCAAGUCCAAUGGAGUGAGGGCUGUAGGGAAUAUUUUAAGCUAUCUUAAACCRAGUACUUUAGAAAAACGUGGAUUCUCAACCUGUGUAGACAAAGCUGUCCAGGCUCUUGUUAGCAAUGUAGGCACAGGACUCAUGAAGAUUCGUUGGAAUGCAUGUUAUGCCAUUGGCAAUAUGUUUAGUAAUACAGCUUUGCCAAUUGGUACUGCAUCAUGGACUGCUGAUGUUUUCAACGCUUUGACAAGAGUAMUACAAGACUGCAAAAAUUUCAAGGUUCGUAUCAAUGCAGUUUUGUCACUAUCAGUACCAGAGACUAGACAAUGUUAUGGCGAUGCCARUCAAUUCAUGAGUGUUGUGGAAGUGCUUGUCCGAGCGCUGGAGUCAAGCAGAAAUUUGACGGAAUUUUCCGAGUUCAAAUAUCAAGAAAACCUACAGGAACAGCUWUGUAACACUCUUUGUCAUCUUGUGGCGCUUGUUAAUGAAACAGACUUGGACAUACCAAUGCAAGUACAUGYAGCUUGUAGGCAUGUCUUUCAAGAGCUUAAAGGAGAACAUCCAGCWGUCCGUAUUCUAAAAGACGUUUUAACAAUCAGAGAGCCAUUUCAAACAUAUACYCCUCCUGUGAAAAAUGACUAA